AUGUGCUGCCGGGGAGGGAGGUGGCCACAGCGGUUGGGACUGGGACUCUGCCCCCUUCCUUGGUUCUCAGAGCCUCUAGGGACGUGGCCCAGCUGGACUUGGCAUGCCUGGCAUCCAGGCCCAGCCCCUGCUCAUUCCUGCAAGAUUGGGACACUCCCACAGCUCCUGUCCAAAUAUGACCCCCAGAAGGAAGCAGAGCUCCGCAGCUGGAUUGAAGGACUCACGGGCCUCUCCAUUGGCCCUGACUUCCAGAAGGGCCUGAAAGAUGGGGUCAUCUUGUGCACACUCAUGAACAACCUCCAACCGGGCUCUGUUCCCAAGAUCAACCGCUCUAUGCAGAACUGGCACCAGCUAGAAAACCUCUCCAACUUCAUCAAGGCCAUGGUCGGCUAUGGCAUGAACCCCGUGGACCUGUUUGAGGCCAAUGACCUGUUUGAGAGCGGGAACAUGACGCAGGUGCAAGUGUCUCUGCUCGCGCUGGCGGGAAAAGCCAAGACCAAGGGGCUGCAGAGCGGUGUGGACAUCGGGGUCAAAUACUCAGAGAAACAGGAGAGGAACUUUGAUGAUGCUACCAUGAAGGCCGGCCAGUGUGUCAUUGGGCUGCAGAUGGGCACCAACAAAUGUGCCAGCCAGUCUGGCAUGACGGCUUAUGGUACCCGACGACACCUCUAUGACCCCAAGAACCACAUCCUGCCUCCCAUGGAUCACUGCACCAUCAGCCUCCAGAUGGGCACCAAUAAGUGUGCCAGUCAGGUGGGCAUGACAGCUCCAGGGACCCGGAGACACAUCUAUGACACCAAGCUGGGUACCGACAAGUGUGACAACUCCUCCAUGUCUCUGCAGAUGGGUUACACGCAGGGCGCCAACCAGAGCGGCCAGGUCUUCGGGCUGGGGCGGCAGAUAUACGACCCCAAGUAUUGCCCACAGGGCCCAGCAGCUGAUGGGGCACCUGUCGGGGGUGACAGCCAUGGCGAGGGCCCUGAGUACUUGGCAUACUGCCAGGAGGAGGCGGGCUACUGAACACCCAAGGGUGCUGGCUCCCCAUAUCAGCAUCCCUGUGUGGGUUUUUCUUUGUUUUAUGUGUUUUCAUUGUGUUGUUUUGUUUUUUGAAACUGGGCCUCACUUUGUGGCCCUCUCUGGCCCUGAACUCACUGCAAUCCUCCUGCCUCAGCUUCCUGAGGGCUGGGAGGAGAGGUCUGCAUUAGCUGUGCCCCUCACCUGUCAUGCCUUGCUUCCUUCCCAGGAUUGACCCACCCAGUAAGCAACAUGGGGGUACUUGAUAGAGUACCCAGCUAUAGAUUUCUCAGAAGGCUCUGGAAGAGCCUAAACCCAGAGUUUUGGGUUUCUUCAUCUCUCAGAAGGCUCUGGAAGGGCCUAAACCCAAAGAGUUUCGGCUUACUUCAUCUCUUCAGUUUGUGGUGUGUGAUCCCAUGGAAAUUGCAGGCAGUUUCAGUGAAAGGAAACAAGGGGUUUUGUGUUUUGUUUGUUCCCCCUAAAGGUAUGGGGGUGCACCUGGGCUCUAAAUACUGCAGGCAUUCUGAGGGACUGCGUUUGCUUUUCCGAGACCCUCAGAUUCCUCUGGGUUUCCACCUCUCUGCUCCUCCUGCACUGGGCUGAUCACCCGUGCUGGACUCCGACCCUGCGUCCAGAAGCUGUGCACCCGACCGACCCACAGGGGCCUCUCUGCUUCCAGAUAAUGUGAAAUACCUGUGUGGACCAAAACCAAUAAAAACCUCCGUUUCUAAGAGUGAA